AUGAUGAAUUCAACAGUGAAGAAUCGAAGAGUUGAUCGUAUAUCAAUAUUAUUACAAGAAUUUAAUAUCGAAAAAAUUAUCCAUAUUAAAGGUCAACACAAUUGUUUAGCUGAUUACCUAUCCCGUCAUCCAAUUCCAAGAGAAGAGGAAAUAUUUGAUGAAGAUUAUGGUAUUGCUAAACGUGAUAAAAGGGAACCGACUGUUAUGGGUCGUGUUCCUGAUGGAAUUCCUCCACUAGCUGGAGCUAUCGUAACAAGAUCUAAAGCGAAACAAUUACAAUUAAAACAGGAUCAAAAUUCAACAACAACACCAACAGAUAGAAAUAAGAUAACAUUACCACCAAUAGAAGAAGAAACUGAUCAAAUGAAAGAAGAUCCAUCACAAAUUAUUGCAAAAAAUAUACUGGAUAUGGAACGAUUAAAAAUUGAACAAGGAAAAGAUUCGGAUAUUCAACACAAAAUUGCAGAAGUUAUGAAAAAUCCAAUUAAAAGUACUUAUGAAUUCAAAGAUGGUUUAUUAUAUAAGUUAAUGAUUAUGCGUGAAGACUGUAAUACGAAGAAAAAAUUAAUUUAUUUGCCUUCAUCUAUGAUUAAUGAUCUUUUACAAGUUUAUCAUAGUGACCCUCUUAGUGGUCAUUUUGGAGUCCAACGAACAUAUUUGAAAAUUAAAAAUAAAUAUUGGUGGCCGAAUAUGAAGCAAUCUAUUACACAAUAUAUACAAUCAUGUUUACCUUGUCAACAAUAUAAUAUUAGUAGAUCGAAGAAACCUGGUCGAUUACAACCAAUUCCACCUCCUGAAGGACCGUUUCAAUUAAUUGGUAUGGAUUAUUGUGGUCCAUUUAAACAAACUCCACGUGGUAAUCAAUAUGUACUAUGUCUUACGGAUUAUUUCACAAGAUGGGUGGUUGCUGCUGCUGUACCUGAUUGUUCAGCUCAAACUACUGCGGAAGCAUUAUUUAAUGAAUUCAUUUGCAAGUAUGGGGUACCGGCAGUCAUAUUAUCCGAUCAAGGAACGCACUUUCAUAAUCAAUUAAUGGAAGCAAUGUCGAAAUUGAUUGGAUAUAAUCAUACUUAUUCAACCACAUACCAUCCUCAAUCAAAUGGAAUGAUAGAAAGGUUCAACGCAACAUUUGUACCUCAAAUUGCUAAACUUCAAGACAAAGAGAACAAUAAUUGGGAUGAAUUUCUGUCACCUGUGGUAUUUGCAUACAAUACGGGAACACACUCAACAACUCAAUAUUCACCAUUUCAAUUAUUAUAUGGUCGAGAACCAAGAUUACCUACUGAUGAAAAAAAAUCUUCAUUUACAUUUCGCCAACCAAAUGAUUAUUAUGAGCAAUUAAAGAAAAGUAUGAAAUUGAUACAUGGAUAUGCUCGUGAAAAUAUUAUUCGUAAACAACAUCGGUACAAAACUCAAUAUGAUAAACAACGUCCUGAUCCUCAUUAUGCAAUUAAUGAUCGUGUUUUAAUUAGAAGACAUGGAAUGAAAAAUAAAUUAGAACCAAAAUUUUCAAUUACACCACAAAUUAUUAUUCGUGCACAACAUCCUGUUUACGUUGUUCGAGAUGAAAUAACUCAAAUUGAAACACAAGUGCACAUAAACGAUAUUAGACCCAUUUAUAUUUCAAAAUUAAAUUAA